AUGGGUGCCAGAACCUCCAAAAGCGCCAACAGCAAGCCUCAGUCUCCUGACCUAACCGGCCUCUCCAUCGCCAACCAUCCCCCCAAACACCUCCCAGGUCCAGCCCUUCUCCAUCACCUUGUGCAGACAAACUCAAAAGAUGGGCAGCCUGCGCUCGACUUCCUUCUCGACCCGAAAUCCAACAAACGUGUCACGCUUUCCUACGCCCAGCUCCACGCAGCUUCAGACGUCCUCGCUUGUCGGAUCACCGCUCUUCUUGCGCAAUCUCAGCCCGCCAACAACGACGGCAAGCAGAGGAAGAAAAAGCGCGAGUUGAAGAAAUGGGACGGCAAGAAGGCCCCUCAAAGAGAGGCCUUUGUUGUGCCAAUUUUGAUCCCGCAGAGUCCGAUGCUGUAUGUCUCGCAAUUGGCGAUCCUCAAAGCAGGCGGCGCUUUCUGCCCGCUUAACCUAGACGUUCCCCUUGAAAGGGCCCGGUUUAUUUUGCAAGAUGUGAACGCGCACGUAGUGAUUACCACAAAGGAGCUGGAGGGGCAGAUACCGGGGGAUAUGGGGCUUCAAGUCCUCUUGGUCACACCCGACACGCUGGACUUCCUUCUGGCAAAGACGCCCACCCAGCAGGAGCGCAAACGCUGGAGGGUGCCAAAAGGGGAUGAUUUGGCAUACGUUAUGUAUACCUCCGGCAGCACGGGCACCCCCAAAGGUGUGGGUAUCUCCCACACCGCAGCCACGCAAUCCCUUCUCGCUCACGACGCACACAUCCCCCAUUUCACGCGCUUCUUGCAGUUCGCAGCGCCUACGUUCGACGUAUCGGUGUUCGAGAUCUUCUUCCCUUUGUUUAGGGGCCAGACACUCGUGGGGUGUGUAAGACAAGAGAUGUUGAACGACCUGCCGGGGGUGAUGAAUGCGCUGCAAGUGGAUGGAUGUGAGUUGACCCCCAGCGUGGCGGGGAGUUUACUCAGGAAGAGGGAGAACGUGCCAGGGCUAAGGGUAUUGCUUACGAUUGGGGAGAUGUUAACUCGGCCGGUGGUGGAAGAAUUUGGGGGAGAUGGGGAGAAAAAAAGUUUGCUGUGGGGGAUGUAUGGUCCUACGGAGGCAGCGAUUCAUUGUAGUGUCGAAGCUGCUUUUGAGAGUAAGGCAAGUGUGAGCAAUAUUGGCGUGGCAUUUGAUACCGUGUCGGCGUUUAUACUCAAGAUCCCUGACCCUGAUGCUGGGGAUUCCCCCACGGAGGUAGUGGUCCUGCCUUUGGGAGAGACCGGAGAACUCGCUCUUGGAGGACCGCAGCUCGCGGUCGGGUAUCUGAACAGGCCGGAUUUGACUUCCACAGCGUUUAUCGACACCCCGUAUGGGAGGCUGUAUCGGACAGGAGACAAGGCGAGGAUGUUACCCGGCGGGAAGCUGGAGUGCCUUGGACGGAUCGCCACCGGGCAAGUCAAGCUCCGCGGGCAGAGGAUAGAGCUGGGCGAGGUCGAGCAUGCUGCGUUGAGGGCAGUCGGGUGUCAUGGGGCUGUGGCGGGGGUGGUGAACAACCUUUUAGUUCUCUUCUGCGCGGUUGAUGAUGUCGAGGAAGGGGAUGACAAUACCAAGAAAACAGACAAAGUCCUCCACAGCUGUCGGGAGUGGCUGCCAGGGUAUAUGAUCCCCAAUGAUGUGGUCAUCAUGAGGGAGUUGCCGAGGCUGCCGUCGGGGAAGGUUGAUCGGAAGGGUCUUGUGGCAGAUUACUCGGCAAAGAUAACUUCUCUCGCGGAUGGGGUCGCAUAUGCGGACGCUAGAGAGCGUCGGAUGUGCGAGAUUGCUGGUCAAGUGCUUUCAGGGCCCGUUUACUCCAACACUGACCUCGCCAGGGCGGGACUGGACUCCCUUACUGCGAUCAAGCUCGCUUCUGCGCUGAGGGAAGGGGGAUAUGAAGUCUCUGCUUUGGAUGUCCUCUCGGUCCGGACGAUCGCGGGCCUUUAUACCCGGGUGAAGGACCGAAUCCCUCAGGCCCCUGAUUCCAUUGACUUGGAGGUCCCCUCAGCUCGAAAGCACCCGCUUCUGACCCCUUACACAGGGAAAAUUACCUCUAUCAUCCCCUGCACACCCCUCCAAUCCUCCAUGCUCGCCGAGACGGUCGCUAAUCCGAGGGUGAACUGCAACUGGGUUGAACUGCGGAUCGUCGGGCAUGGAGUUAACGACGUCCGGGUGUGGUUUGAGCGCCUCAUCGAGCAAAACGAGAUCCUCCGCACGGGAUUCAUCCACCACGCUGGGCACUUUCUGCAGGUCAUUUUCUCUGGCGUGAGGGAGGGCCAGAUCGCGGUGGUUAGCGCCCUAAGCAGGGAGUGGCAACUGAACGAUGAUGCGGGAUUCCUUCACCCAUUUAAAAUUCGUCUUGUUCCGUCAGAAGAGGGGGUCCUCGUCACAGUACAGCUACAUCAUGCUAUCUAUGAUGGCUGGACGCAGGACCUGCUUCUGGCUGACCUCACUUCCCUCUCUCAAGGGCAAGAGCUUACUCCUCGACCCCAGUUCCGGGCUCUCACCUCAUACUUCCACUCUGAAUCGCACAAGCAAGCAUGUAACGCUGCUCGUGAGUUUUGGGCACGCACGCUGCACUCUUACCACCCGCCCCCCUUUCCAACCCUUGUCAGCAACCCAGACUCCCCGCCGUCAGUAGAAACUACAUCCCUUACGCUCCCCCUAUCCCCAGGCGAUGUCAAGUCAAAGCUCCAGAGUGUAAUAUGCACACCCCAAUCCCUCUUCCUCGCCUCCCUCACCUUCACAACCUCCCUUUUCCUCUCUCACCCCGAUAUAGCCAUCGGCGUGGUAACCUCCCUGCGUACACUCCCCCUCUCGAGCAUAGAAGCUCUCCUCGGCCCGUGCAUUGCCACAUUACCCCUGCGAACUGACCUAAGGCAAGUAAGGACUGUACGGGACCUUCUUGCCACAGUCCAGGCCGCAAACAGGGCUGCUAUGGCUCAUGGGGUGCUGCCGCUAGGGGAGAUAAAGAAGUUAACUAGGCAAAAAGGGGGGGAGAGGGUUUUUGAGGUUAUGGGGGUUUGGCAGGAGAGUUUGGUCUCUUCUUCAACAGAUCAAAAGGGGGUUGUGCAGGUGUUGGGGAGCAGGGACUAUCUCGAGACGAAGGUUUUUGUGGAGAUGGAGCCGCGGGAGAGGGAGCUUGAGGUUAGAGUUACUUGGCAUGGGGAUGUGGUGGGUAAAGAGUGGGCUGCGGCCUUUGGGAAAACGUUAGGGGUUUUGACAAGAGGGAUGUUGGAUAACCUCUCGGGAGAGCUUUCUCAGCUUAAAAAGGUGUUGCCGGAGGACGUGAAGGGAGUGUUUGAUGUUGAGAAGGCCUUCGAGAUUUUGGAAAAGGGAGACUUCCCCCCGUCUAACCACAUCCCUUCCCCGGCUCAGGACCUGCCCUCCAGCACCGAUAUCACCACCGCCGACGAAUGGUCUCCCCUCGAAUCCCUGAUCUCCGAUGCAGUUUGCUCCUCCCUUACCGUCAACCGUCCCGAGUUAAGGAAAUGGACUCCCCUCGCAGCCUUCGGCCUGGACUCACUCACCGCCAUCCAGCUCGCACGCGAGAUCGAAACGCGCCUGGGCAGACGGCCGGGUAUCACCCUCAUCUUAAGGAAUGCGACUGUAGCAAAGCUAGCGCAAGUCCUGGCUGAAGAAUGCCUCACAACUCCUGUGCUUGCAUCAAGCGCGCUUAAGGAGGUUGAAGAACCUCUGUUGCCCAAGGAGCUCAUCGACAGCGUGCUGGGGGAUCUCAAGGAGAAGGGCGUGACCGUCACAACCCUCCUGCCGUGUACUCCACUUCAAGAGGGUAUGCUCCUCUCCUCUUCCGGCAGCGGUAGCUCCCAAUACCUGAACCAGAUGCUCUUUCGUCUCAACAGCCCCCUCAACCCCCUGAAGCAAGCUUUUACAUCCAUGGUUGUUAGGCACCCUAUUCUGCGCACAAUCUUCCUCACUACAUCAUCCACUCAAUACCCAAUUAUUCAGGCAGUUUUGGAGGCGUGGGAGCCCGUCUGGCAUGGGUUUGGCACCUCUCCAUCAAGCAUAGAAAACUGCUUGGAGCAACAGGUGAAAGCUGUCCCCCCUGCGCUGGACAGUCUGACACCCGCCAUCUCCUUCGGUGUGAUCCACCACGGACAAGAUACCUACAUCUCUUUUGUAUGCCAUCAUGCUCUCUAUGAUGGCGUGGCGAUCCAACGGCUGCUCUACGAAGUCGAGCAAACCGUCGCCGGACAGGUUUUGUCGCCCCCAUCGAAGUAUGACUCCUUCCUUCGCUUGAGUCUGGCGCUCCCUGCGGAUACGGACACAUUCUGGAGGGCCCAACUGGAAGGGUACACGCCUAAACUGGCUUCCAAGUUGUCGUUUGACGGCCUCCCACUAGAGAAGAUCAACCUGAUACAGGAGUUGGGCAUGCCCUUUUCUCAGCUCCAGGGGAGGAUCCGCCAGCUAGGCAUCACGCUCCUCACAGCAUCCCACACAUCCUGGACGCUCACCCUCUCCACUGUUUUUAACAGCGGCGACAUCUGCUUCGGAACAGUCAUCAACGGCCGUAGCGUUCCCCUUCCACAGAUCGACGAACUUGUCGCUCCGUGCUUCAACACUAUACCGAUCCGAGUGAAGUUGGAGGAUGAGACACUAAGGGUCGCGGAAGUGAUGAGGUUGGUAGGGGAUAUUAAUGAACGGGCGAGGGAGUACCAGUUUACGGGGCUGAGGAGGAUACAGGGAGUGGUUGGGAAGGGGAGGGUGUUUGAUACGCUUGUGUUGGUGCAAGCUCCGGGGAGGGAACUGGACCAAGCUGUUUGGAGACUUGAAAAGGACGAGGGGGAGAUGGAUAUCCCCUAUGUCCUCGAAAUCACCCCCAACCCGACGCAAGACAAACUCGUUGUUCGUCUCCACGCCCAAGAGAGCCCUAUUUCCUCCCUCCUGUUGCAUCUCUUCCUCCACACCUUCAACACCAUCCUCGCCUAUCCACACUCUCACCUCCCACUCAUCCUCCCGACUCCCUUGGCCGACGACAUCUCGAGGAUCAAACACCCCCAACCCGCUACCGAACCCACAGCUUCUCUCGGCAAAGAGGACUGGACGCCGACAGAGCUUACCAUCUGCUCUGUGCUGACCUCUCUCUCACACGUGGAUGAGGCCAGGAUAACCCGGCAUACAACGAUUUAUCAGCUCGGACUGGAUAGCAUUUCUGCCGUACAAAUCGCCUCCAAGCUACGCAACACUUUCUCGGACAGGCAAGUGACGGUAACGGCGAGUGAUGUCCUCACCUACCCAACAUGUGCCCGUCUCGCGGCCUUUAUCGAUGCCCAAACCGCCAACCCCUCGAUCGACAUUCCCGCCAAGCCGGCAUACGACCUCUCAAGUUUCCAAUCGCGGGUACGUCCGCAACUCGCCGUUCAUGGGAUUGAUAUGGAUCAAGUCGAGACCCUCCUCCCCUGCACCCCAACACAAUCCGCCAUGCUCGCCCAAUUUAUCAAGUCUUCCGGCAAAGACUACCUCAAUUUCCUUGAGUUUGAGGUCAGUUCGGAAGGGGUUGCCUCCUCACAGCUCGCUGAUACAUGGCACAAGGUCUGUGCUGCUCAGCCUAUGCUUCGUGCGGGGGUUAUUCCGGUUGAGGGGGUGAGGGAGGUUGAGUUCGGGAUGGUGGUUUACAAGGCUGAGGACUUCUCCCCUCGUGUCAGUGUUCAUCAAGGGUACUUCGAGCGUGAGAAAUGGAGACGUGAGGCUCAAAAGGCUGCCUAUGACAACCCGGAAACCAAUCUCUGGAGCGUGGCGAUCCUGGAAAGAGAGAAAGGGCUGCACAUGCACCUGGCCAUCCACCACGCCCUCUACGACGUGCACUCCCUUCGGCUUUUGCUUGCUUCUUUAUCUGAAUGCCUCUCCGGCCGCCAACUCUCUCCGCAGGACAUAACCCCUGCUGUUGUCGAUAUCCUCUCCCAAACUACCUCCCCUGACCCCUCUUUCUGGACAGGGCUGGCCGAAAAGGUUGUGGUAAACCGCUUCCCGGUCAUGACUCCUCUCCAACAGCGCAACAGAACGAUUGAGACCGCCGAGAUGGCAAGUAGUUUGCCUGUUGGAACGCUAGAGAAAGGGGCUAUGCAAGCCGGCUACACCCUGCACACCCUCUUCUCCGCAGCCUGGACCCGCGUCCUCUCCUCCUACCUGGGCGAAUCCUCCGUCGUGUUUGGAAUUGUGCUGUCGGGGAGAACAACCGAUGCGACGAGGGAGGCUGUGUUUCCUUGUAUUUGUACGCUGCCUGUUGUGGCAGAAAACACCGAGAAGAAUGAGGAGUUAUUGCGCAGCAUGUUGAGGUAUAACACUGCCCUCUACACCCAGCAGCAUCUCCCCCUGACCAGGAUUCAGCAGUGGCUCGGGAGGGGGGAUACAAAGCUAUUUGAUACGCUGCUCGUAUACCAGAAACUCGACCUUCCUCCGGGCCCUGACAGCGAGACUCGCCGCUGGAAGAUUGUGGACGACACGCCGCAAACCGACAUCCCCUUGUCGCUGGAGAUUGAACACUCCUCAGGCUCGACGUCACUAAGCCUGCUCUACCGCGCUACCUUCUUCACGGACAUCCUCCCCCCUGAACAGGCGGCCCUCCUGCUGAAGCAGUUCGAUGCGCAGGUGUCACACCUCGCUUUGCACCCCGACGAGACGGACUCUGCCCUGAACGAUGCUCACCCAGAGCUAUAUUCUAUCCUACUCGCCGAACAACCGACUCUGUCCACAGAGGUGAAGUUCCUGCACGAGUUUGUCUCGCGGCAAGCUGCGUUGACGCCCGAGGCGACGGCGCUGUGGUUUGUGGACCGUUUCGACAACAACAACAACCCCAUCGGCAGGGAAUGGACGUAUUUGGAGCUAGAGAAGCAGGGAAACCGUGUCGCUCAUCUCUUGAGCGGACAUGUCUCAACGGGCGACGUGGUCGCAGUCUGCUUUGACAAGUCUCCCGUGGCAUACUUUUCAAUUCUUGGAGUGCUCAAAGCAGGGUGUGCGUUUCUCGCGCUCGAUCCUGGCGCGCCGAGGGAAAGGAAUGAGUUUAUCCUUAGGGACUCCGGUGCCACGAUGUUACUGACGGACGGGCCGAGCCCGGCUUUGGGCACAAGCAUUCCGGUGUUGGUGGUCACCGAAGCGUUGUUGGCCUCCGAGUCCCUCCCACCGGACCCCGUCUCUCUAACCAGAGAUCUCAAGAGUGAAGAUGUAGCCUACAUCCUCUACACUUCGGGCACAACCGGCACCCCGAAAGGCUGCUGUAUCACGCACUCCAACACCGUCCAAUGCAUGCUUUCUUUCCAAGUCAUCUUCACAGGUCAUUGGACGCCCGGCGCCUCUCGCUGGCUGCAGUUCGCCUCGCUCCACUUCGACGUCUCGGUCCUAGAGCAGUACUGGUCCUGGUCGGCGGGCAUCACACUCGUCUCUGCGCCGCGCGACCUGAUCCUCUCCGAUUUAGCGGGCACGAUCUCGCGACUCGAAAUCACGCACAUCGAUUUGACGCCUAGCCUGGCAAGGCUCUUACAUCCGGAGGAAGUGCCCAGCUUGUGUCGCGGUGUGUUCAUAACAGGCGGCGAGGCACUGAAGCAGGAGAUUUUGGAUGUUUGGGGCGAGACGGGGGUGAUCUAUAAUUUUUACGGACCGACAGAAGCCACUAUCGGCGUUACCGUCUACCCCAGGGUGCCAAAAGAAGGGAAGGCGUCGAAUAUCGGGCGUCAAUUCAUCAACGUCGGGGCGUAUGUCCUAAAACCCGGCACCGAGGAGCCUGUUUUGCGUGGCGGCGUCGGCGAGCUUUGUGUGUCUGGCCCGCUGGUUGGGAAGGGUUAUUUGCAGAGAGAGGGUUUGACGAGAGAGAAGUUCCCCACCCUUUCUAAAUUCGGGGAGCGGGUUUAUCGCACCGGAGAUCUCGUCCGCGUCCUGCACGACGGGUGCUUCGACUUUCUGGGUCGUGCCGACGACCAGGUCAAGCUGCGCGGACAGAGGCUCGAAAUUGGGGAGAUCAACCACGCCAUUCGGAAGGGCGUGCCCGAGAUCAAGGACGUCGCUACGCUUGUCGUGCGGAAUGAAGCGCAGAAGAAGGAUUUACUGGUGUCGUUUGUCGUGCCGAAUGCCGAAAAGAAGCAUGGCCCCCUGGCGCUGGUAGAGACGCCCGAGACAAUCGAGAUGUGUCAAUCUGCCCGCUCAGCCUGCCGCUCGAAGCUUCCUGGCUACAUGGUCCCGACCUAUGUUCUUCCCGUGCCAUAUAUUCCCCUCUCGCGCAACAACAAGGCUGAGUUGAAAGAACUACGGAGGUUCUUUGCCUCUCUCUCGGCUGAACAGCUCUUGGCUUUAUCCUCCUCAACCUCUGCAUCCCAUCACACUCUGGACGCGACCGGAGUGAAGAUUGUUCAAAUGUUAUCCUCUAUGACGGGUGUACCCCUGGAGACAGUCAAGGCCGACGCGACCAUCUUCGAACUAGGUAUCGACUCCAUCUCCGUGCUGCGCCUGUCCCGCUUGUUCAAUUCCAACGGUUUCCCCUCUGCGACUCCAGCACUCAUCCUCCGGCAUCCUGUCGUCGCCGACCUUGCCAGAGCCCUCUCCACACAACAAAGACCGUCCUCAACCUCUGCCGCGGUACAAGCUGCCCGACUUCGGAUCCAAGCCUGCGCCCACAAGCACCUGUCCCACAUCUGUAGAGAUCUAGAUGUGCGGCUGACAGAGGUAGAGUACAUUGCGCCGUGCUCGCCGCUGCAGGAGGGUAUGCUUUCUCGGUCUGGGGUCGACGGGGCGUAUUUCAACACCUUCCGACUUGUCCUCGCUGAUGCAGUGAACCUUGACCGGCUAGAGGAGGCUCUAAAGAGGGUUGUCGACAAGCUGCCGAUCCUCAGGACAAAGUUCGUCAAAACGACGGAUGGGUUUAUGCAGGUUGCUUUACGGCAGCCCUUCCCUGGGUGGGAGGUUGUUGAUGGAAACGUCCGCGAGAUCAUGCAGCAAACCAGAAAGGAAUGGAUCGCCUUGAAUCAGGAGACUUUCGUCCAGCCGUGGAAGGCUGUGCUUGUGGGAAGGGAGCUGGUAUUGCAUAUCUUCCAUGCGCUGUAUGAUGCUAACAGCCUCAAGCUGAUGCUUGCUAGGCUGGCAGCAGAGUAUCGUGGCGAGAGGGAGGGAGAUGAAGAGCCUUCCUUCCUGGAGGCGCUUGUCCAUGGGCCGUUGCAGGAUUUUUCGGAGAGUAAAGGGUUCUGGGUUGAGCAUCUGAAGCAGGCAAGCUUAACGCCCGUGCCAAGGUCCUCUUCGGUCGGUAUGACGUCCGUAUCAAGGACGAUCGCAGCCCCUGACUUGGACACCCUCCGCUCGAAGCUCGGCACAACCUAUCAAUCCCUCCUCCAAGCCCUGUGGGCAUCCCUCCUAUCAAAGCACCUGAACACAGCGACCCCCACGAUGGGCUUAAUCCUCUCCGGUCGCACCAUCGCCCUCCCUUCCGCAGACCUCAUCCCGGGGCCCAUGUUCAACACCCUCCCCUUCUGUGCCCACAUCUCAUCUCAAACAACUUGGUCCUCUCUCGUAAAACAAUGCCACGACUUCAAUACCGCCGUCCUGCCAUUCCAGCAUGUACCCCUGAGGGAGGUGCAAAAGUGGUGCACGGGCGGGAGGAAGAUCUUUGAAGUGUUGUUUUCGUUCCAGAUUGAGGAUGAUGACACUGAAAAAAUAGAGAGACUGUGGAGGAUUGCUGAUGAUGAACAGACGGGGACGGAGUACCCUCUGGCGUUGGAGAUUACGUUGAGGGAGGGGAUACAAUUAAAAGUUGUGCUUGUCGCGAGGGGGGCUGAGGAACAAAUACUAGAAAAGAUGGCUGACGAGUUGGAGAGUGGGCUGCACAGCAUGCUCAGUAACCCGGACGCCAUCGUCUCAACUGACACAUCAUCCCUGAGCGCAGUACUGCAUCAGAACGGCCACGCCUCCGCCGACGGUUCAGGCCCUCUCCCCCUCCGGCUCCCCAAUGGCACCUCCCACACAACCGCUCCGUUCGUCUGGACUCCCUCAGCCCAGCUCCUCCGGCAGGAAAUUGCCUCCCUCGCUGAAACAGACCCAUCGUCAGUGUCAGAAUCAACCCCCCUCCUCUCCCUCGGCCUGGAUUCCAUCGACAUCAUCAAGCUCUCUGCGCGUCUCAAGUCGCACGGCAUCGAAGUCAAAACAAGUGAGAUCCUUCGGAGGCAGACAAUCGCCUCCAUCACGCAGCUCUUGCAGUCCCGCGCCGGGGAGCCGAGCAAGCAAUCGGUACGGGAGAAGAGGGUUGAGAUCGUAACGACCUUGUUAAGAGAACAUCUCACAGAAAGGGGGGAGUUGCAAGAGAGAGAGGUAGCACUACCCGUCACCGCCAUCCAAGAAGCGCUCCUCACGCAAAUGCUCGACUCCGACUUCACUCUCUACUUCAACCACGACAUUCUGGCCAUCUCAUCCCAAGUCGACAUCCCCCGGUACAAAUCCGCCUGGUCAGCCGUCCUAGCCGGGGAACCGAUCCUCCGCACGCGGUUCACCCCCCUCCCUGCCGGACUGCCAGGGCUGAAAUCAACCUGGUGCCAGGUCAUCUCCCCCUCUCCCACAGCACACAUCGUGGAGGUUGAGUUGCAGAGUGAAGACGAGCUGUCCAAACUGACCGAGACAGCCACCAUCCGCGCGAGGCAAGGUGCCGGGAAGGCUGAUCUGGUGCAGCUAGCUUUUGCGACGGUAGGAGAGAAGACAUUCGUGGUGCUGUCACUCGCACACGCGCUGUAUGAUGGCUGGAGUUUGGGACUGAUUCAUCGCGCUGUGUGGGAGGCCUAUGAAGGUCGUUAUUCGCCGCCCGAGAUGGAUGCAUACCUUGGCCAAGUGCAGGAGGUACUGCUCUUCCCGGAGGAUGACAACGACGAUGCGGCGGCUUUCUGGGCAGGGUUCUUACAGGGCACUCGGCAGACUUUGUACCCCCGACGCUCUCCAACCCCCUCCGACGAGACUCAUCGCGCUGAGUUGGCAUCCUCUGUACUCCCAGAACAGCUCACAGCCUUUCUCAAAUCCCACGCCAUCACCCUCCAAACCCUAACCCAAUCCAUCUGGUCCGUCCACCUCGCCUGCCUCACCGCGUCGUUAGACACGAUCUUCGCCACAGUCCUCUCCCUCCGCACCACUCCUCCCCUCGAAAACCUCCCCUACCCGACUAUGAACACAGUCGCCGUCCGCUCCGUGUUGCACGGUACAGUUGCCAACUGGCUGCACUACAUGCAAGAGAAUAUGGCAUCUGUCCUAGCGCACGGCCAUUUCCCUUUGAGAGAGGCACUGCGUGUUGCGGGACUCACAGGAGGGGUGUUGAAUACGUUGUUUAUUGCGCAGCGGUCGCUGGGUGGGGACAAGAAGGGGGAAGGCCUGGCGAGUAGUGUAGGAGGGGAAGCGAGGGCUGAGUAUCCUGUUUGUGUGGAGGUUGAGAUGGUUGGGGGUAAGUUGGUUUGGAGGGGGGCUUGUGAAGGUGCUUAUGGUUCGCAAGAAGAAAUUGAUGGGCUGCUGAGGAGGUUAGAUGGGUUGUUGGCAUGGGUGUUGGAACAUCCCGACGCAGACGUGGUCACCUUCUCAGGCGACUCAGUCCAGAUCUGCGGUCUGCCGCCCAUCAGACUUCGUGACGCCCAAGACCAGAUCGCCAACGGAAUCGACGACACCGAUGCGUGGUCACCUCUCGAAGAACAGAUUCGCGACGCGUUGGCUUCAGUCGCUGGCAUCCCCGCGUCGAGCAUCGCGAGAAGCAACAACGUCUACCACCUUGGCCUAGACUCCAUCAGCGCCAUCAAAGCCACGACCCUCCUCCGCAAGCAGGGAGUGAACCUUGGACUAAGGGACAUGCUUCGUGCAUCAUCAAUUGCCGAAAUGGCUCCCUUAGUCCGUGCCCCAGCCGGUGUUGACAUGCCCGCAGCAGAAAGCAGUGCCCUGUCUGAGGUCGAGGUGCGUGGCGUGCUGGACAAGUUUGGGAUUGACGGGAGUGCGGUUGAGGAUGUCCUCCCCGCGAUGGCAAUGCAAGUUCAUAUGUUGUCGGUGUGGCUAAACACGAGGGGCGAGGUGUUUUACCCUGAGUUUAGGUACACUUUGUCUGGGAAGAUCACUGCCAGCGCUAUUGACAAGGCGUGGAAGACGCUUGUAGGAGAGACGCCUAUUCUGAGGACGGUGUUCGUGGCUACUGAGUCGAGGGACACGCCCGUGAUGCAGGUUGUCUUGAAAAAGGAAUUCCUAGACGAGAGUGUCGUCCGGGACGGGGUGUGGAUGAGCAAGGAGAGGGAGGCAGAGCAGCCGUAUAACCGGUUGGUUGCCACAAAAGAGGAUGAGAAGUGGAGGUUGAGGAUGAAGAUUCACCACGCGCUGUAUGAUGCUGUCAGCUUGCCGGCUAUCAUGGAGCGGUUUGCCGCUUUGUGCUCUAAUCGUGCUCAACAACCCGUCUGGCCUGCCAAGCUCCCGAGACCACUUCUGGCCGACAAGCCUGAGAGAAAGCGCUUCUGGACGAAGUACCUCACCGGAGCCGAGACUGUCCCACUGUGCUUGGGGUCAAACGAGUCUGCUGCACGCGUCAGCCUGGUCAAAAAAGCCCUGCCCGACGUCACCUCUCUCUCAAGGACAUGCAAAGCAAACGGCAUCAGCUUGCAAUCCCUCUUCUUCGCUGCCUACGCAGAAUAUCUCUCCUCUCUUGCCCCCAGUCGAUCCACUUCGGUCGUUUUUGGGGUUUACCUCGCCAACCGCACCGACAAGACCGUCGGAGCUGAGGAUUUCCCUACCUUGAGGCUCGUCCCGAUCAAAGCUGUUCUGAGGGAGGACACUGGGCUGGUUGAAGUUGCAAAACAGAUUCAGGAGGACAUUCACGUCAUCUCUGCGGUAGAGCACAUUGAUGUCGGGUUAUGGGAGAUUCAAGAGUGGACGGGUGUCGUGGUGAACUCGUUCGUGAACUUCCUUGGUGCGCCGGUCAAUGGGUGUGAACUUAAAGGUGUGAAGUUGGAGGUUGAGGAGGUUGAUUGGAAUGAAGAGAGACCUAGCAAUGCUGAAAGCUGGGUAUCGCCAAGGGAACUGGAAGGGAAUCUUGUUCGGGGAGCUUUCCCCGACGCUGUCGACAUCGAAGUCUCUGUCCUCGACGGCAUGACAAUCGGCGUGUUUGGCCCUCCUUCGAAGCUUGGCAGCCCUCAAAAGAUUAUAGACGGCGUCGUUGCUAUCCUGCAGCGCAUCUAG